UGGGAGCAUAAAUUACUUCUAACACCCAGCGCUCCAUCAGAAUUACUCGUUGGUGAUCCUGAAGUCAAGACAAUUCAGGUGCUUGCAACUGAAGUCAAAAACUACAAUGACAUCCUCAGGCGUUUGAGUCAGUUUUCCUCCUGGACAACAAUUCUUAAGGUGGUAGCAAGAAUCAAGAGGCUGGGGUCUAAACAGAAACAACACAGAAACUGCGACGGCCGACAGAGACACAGCAAAUGGCCGAACUUCCCAAAGAACGCGUCGAAGCCUCAGCACCUUUCACAUGCAGCGGAAUGGACUGUUUCGGUCCUUUCAUUAUAAAGAAAGCCCGCAAAGAAUACAAAAGAUACGGCUUGAUUUUCACAUGUCUGUACUCUAGAGCUGUUCAUAUUGAAAUGCUCGAAGAUUUGUCAACAGACUCAUUCAUCAACUCAUUGAGAUGCUUCAUCAGCCUGAGAGGAGCUGUUCAACAACUACGCUGUGACCAAGGCUCUAAUUUUGUUGGCGCCAGGAAUGAGCUAAAAGAAGCACUUAAACAAUGUGACACUAAGCUACUGGAAAUCUUCCUGACUGAGAAGCAGUGCGAAUUUGUCUUCAGUGCUCCCUCUGACAGUCACGCAGGCGGUGUCUGGGAACGCCAGAUCAGAACUGUUAGAAACGUGCUGAAUGCCACCUUUGCACAGUGCCCAGGUCGACUUGAUGACGCCUCCCUCAGAACACUGCUAUAUGAGGCCAUGGAUAUUGUUAACAGCCGCCCAUUAACAGUGGAUGGAAUCAAUGAUCCUCAGGCACUGGAGCCUAUAACACCGAAUCACCUCAUAAUGAUGAAAUCUAAAGUUGCUCUUCCUCCUCCUGGAGUAUUUGUCAAGGAGGACCUGUAUGCGACAAAGAGGUGGAGAAGAGUUCAGUAUCUUAUCGAACAGUUUUGGAGCCGCUGGAAAAAGGAGUAUCUGCUGAACAUAUCCAUAAGACAGAAAUGGCACUCACCUCAGCGCAACCUCAAAGUGAAUGAUAUUGUCAUUAUUAAAGACGACAACCUCCCAAGAAAUCAGUGGCAACUUGGAUGAGUGAUUGAGACUGUUCAAAGUAGUGAUGGUUUAGUUCGUCGAGUUAAAGUGCAAGUUGGGGAGAGGAAACCUCA